AUGAGGCGUGUUGCUAGAAUUGCUUAAUCUGUAAUCAAAAAUCGAAUGUUCUAAUCUCUUCAGCAAAAGAUUGUAUAUCAUUUUGAUGAUAAUUACAAUAAAUUUUAUAAAGAGAAGGAUGAGAAUUUGAUUCACCCUACUUAUACUUCCAAACACUUUAAAGUGUCUUCAAAUUCAAUUGUUUAGUACUUGGAAGACAAGAAGAUGGAACACAAGAUAUAGGGAAAGUACGUGCAAUUAAGAUAUUGUCCAUUCUGUCCAAAACAUAAUAUAGAAAAUCCAUCAAACUAAUUCGUUAUGGGAAUUAACUUAGAGAAUGGAUCAUAUAAUUGUUUCAGAGCUACCUGUUCGGCUAAAGGUUCUUGGUUUGAUUUUAAGAACUUUUUGAAUGGGACUCUCAACACUCAGCAAUAGUAAAAUCCAUAGACUCAAUAACAGACCCCUUAGAAACUGAAUAUAUUCGAAUAUCAUUAAUACUUUGAGAGAUUAAAGUUAUAAGAACCUAAGAUAGUGUAUGACUAUUUGACAGGUGAUGAUUGGGAAAAUAAUUAAAGGGGAAUUAAGGAUGAAGUCUUGAAAUUGUAUUUGAUUGGCAUUGAUGUUACUGAAAUCUACGAUCCUUAAUAAGGCGCAUAUGUGUAGGCUCCCCUCAUAUACUUUCCCAUGUUUAGAUACAGAAAUCAACAUGAGAAGAACAAAAUAAUGUAGAAAGCAUUGAAAUAGAAAAAGGAUGAUGUUUUGGCUGAAAAAGUUUUGAGUGAGGAAACCAAAUAGAAUAUCAGAUCGCAAUUAGAUAAUUAAUUUGAUAAUUUUCAAUAUGAAUUGGUCAGUUGCAAAAUCAGAGCGGCAGGAAAAGAUUUGAAGCAUAUUCAAAAGAUUGAACCCAUGAAUGCAGCCAAAGGAAUUUUUGGGAUGCAUUUACUUAAAUAGGAUUCUACUCAAGUGAUACUAACAGAAGGGGAAUUUGAUGCCAUGGCAGCUUAUCAAAUGACAAACAUUCCUGCUAUUUCAUUACCAUAUGGUAUUAAUCAUAUUCCAGCUUAUCUUAUUGAAUGGUUAGAUUAGUUUGAGAAAUUGAAUGAUAUCAUAAUAUGGGUAGAUGAUGAUAAUCCUGGGAGAAUUAACUCAUAAAAGAUUGCUCGUAAACUUGGUAAUGCCAGAACAAGAGUGGUCUAACCAUCUUUGAUUAAUCCUCAUGAUUACCCUAAAGAUGCAAAUGAUUGCUUAAGAUUCUAUGCAGAUAAAGUCAUGACUUACAUUGAUCAAUCAAAAUGUCUACUAAAAAAGAACAUUACUUAAUUUACUGAUUUUAAAUAAUUGACAAAGAAUAGAAUUUUAAACUUUGAAUUGUCAAAGGGAACCCAAUCUUAGACAUUCACAACAUAUAACAAUACCACUAAAGGAUUGAGAACUGGAGAAUUUACUAUUUUAACAGGACCCACUGGUAGCGGUAAGACCACCUUUUUGAGUUAGCUAUCUUUAGAUUUCUGUAAAGAAGGAAUAACAACACUUUGGGGAAGUUUUGAAAUAAAGACUGACAGAUUGGCUGAACAUUAGUUAUUGUAGGCAUACAAAACAGAUUUAAUUAAACAAAAAGAUUUAGUUGAUAUAGCAAUUCAAAAAUUUGAGAAUGAAAUCCCAAUUUAUUAUAUGAAUUUUUAUGGGUCAACCGACCUAGACUAAAUUAUUGAUACAAUUGAAUAUGCAAUAUAUGAAUAUAAUGUAACUCAUGUUUGUUUGGAUAACUUAUAAUUUAUGAUGGGAACUUAAGUAGGAGGAAAUAGGAAAUUUGAUUUUCAAGAUGAAAUCAUUGAAAAAUUUAGAAGAUUAACUAGUAAUAAUGACAUCCAUUUGACUUUGGUUAUUCAUCCUCGAAAAGUCGAUGAAAAUGAAGACUUAACUAUCGCAUCAAUCUUUGGGUCAGCGAAAGCGACUCAAGAGGCUGAUAAUGUUUUUAUUAUCCAAAACAGACCUAGAUACAGAGUUUUUGAGAUUAAGAAAAAUCGAUAUGAUGGAGAAGUAGGCAGAGUGGGAUUAGGUUUCGACGCUAAUGUGAAGUCAUUCUUUGAACUUUCAUCUACAGAAGUCAAAGAAUUGAAUGAAGAAAAGACUACUAUUAUAGAUAUUAUUAAUAAAAGGAAAUAAGAGGGUAGACAUUUUAAAUAAGAGAUUACUAUUAACGAUAAAAAUGGAAAUAACGAUGGAGGUAAUAAUGAGGGCGGAUCUUCAAAUAAAGGAGGUAAUCACAGUAAUAAUAAUAAUUCAAAUAAUUCCAAAAUUACUAAAAAGGAUAUCUCUAAUGUAAAAAAUAUACUAGAAAAUAUACAAAUUUCAGAUCACAAUAGUUAUAAAGAUUAAAAUGAUGACGAUGAAGAUUAAAUGGCUUAAUUAGAAAAAAUGGCUGAAUAAUAUGCAAAUUAAGAAAUAACAGAAAUCAUUUUAAAUCAAAAACCUGUGCAAUUGGCUUUAGAUGAUAUUGGAGAUCUUGAAAAGAAACAUAAAUUGGAUAAUCUAGAUUCAAGUGUUGAAAAUAAUGAAAAAUAAAAAUCUAAAUAAAAUAGUGCUACUAUUUAAAAUAGUUAUCUAAACUAAAAUAAACUCAUUAGGGAAUGUGAAAAAUGCAUAAAUCCUUCAAAUGAUUAUCUAGAAAUAUGGAAAUUUGAUUAAGAUAGUGAUUAUGGAUUAAAACCUAAAAUUGGAUAAUACGAAUUUUCACAAGAACAAACUCCUAAAGAUAAUACUUAUACUCAACAUAACCCUAAUGAAUUUACUUUAUUCCAUUCAGACCCAUUAAACAAAUAUGCUGCUCAAAAGAUUAAUAAAGAAUUAGAUUAGAGUCUAUAAAGCGAUGAAUUUUAACCUGUUGAUGAUCAAAUACAACUUGCUAAUUAAUAUAAAAGCUAAAAGAAAUAAUCUAAAAGGGCUUCUUUCAUUCAUGUUGGAUCCAAAAAACCUUCUAAAUCUUAAUUAGAUUUAUGA